AGCCUCCGUGUCCUCGGCGUUCGCAUCUCUUGGCCGCUCUCCCCCUUUUCUCCUCUUCCUCAGCCGGCGCUAUGGCGAAGCCGCUGACGGACAGCGAGAAGCGAAAGCAGAUCAGCGUGCGCGGGAUCGCGGGGCUGGGCGACGUGGCCGAGGUGCGGAAGAGCUUCAACCGGCACCUGCACUUCACGCUGGUCAAGGACCGCAACGUGGCCACGCCCCGCGACUACUACUUCGCCCUGGCGCACACGGUGCGCGACCACCUGGUGGGGCGCUGGAUCCGCACGCAGCAGCACUACUACGAGCGCGACUCUCAGCGCAUCUAUUAUCUUUCCCUGGAGUUCUACAUGGGCCGUACUCUGCAGAACACGAUGGUGAACCUGGGCCUGCAGAAUGCUUGCGAUGAAGCCAUCUACCAGUUGGGGUUGGACCUGGAAGAACUGGAGGAAAUAGAAGAGGACGCUGGCCUGGGGAAUGGAGGACUGGGGAGGCUGGCAGCCUGCUUCCUUGACUCGAUGGCCACCUUGGGCCUGGCAGCAUAUGGCUAUGGAAUCCGCUAUGAGUUCGGGAUUUUUAACCAGAAGAUUGUCAAUGGCUGGCAGGUCGAGGAGGCCGAUGACUGGCUGCGCUACGGCAACCCCUGGGAGAAGGCCCGGCCGGAGUACAUGCUUCCUGUGCACUUCUACGGGAGAGUGGAGCACACCCCCGAGGGGGUGAAGUGGCUGGACACGCAGGUGGUGCUGGCCAUGCCGUACGACACCCCGGUGCCAGGCUACAAGAACAACACUGUCAACACCAUGAGGCUGUGGUCUGCCAAAGCACCCAACGACUUCAAUCUCCACGACUUUAACACGGGCGGCUACAUCGAGGCGGUCCUGGACAGAAAUCUGGCCGAGAACAUCUCCAGAGUCCUGUACCCCAAUGACAAUUUCUUCGAGGGGAAGGAGCUGCGCCUGAAGCAGGAGUACUUUGUGGUGGCUGCCACCCUGCAGGACAUCGUCCGCCGCUUUAAGUCCUCCAAGUUCGGCUGCCGGGACCCAGUGAGAACCUGUUUUGAGAUAUUCCCAGACAAGGUUGCCAUUCAGCUGAACGACACCCACCCAGCCCUCGCCAUUCCUGAGCUCAUGCGGAUCCUGGUGGAUGUGGAGAAAGUGGACUGGGACAAGGCCUGGGAAAUCACGAGGAAGACGUGUGCAUACACCAACCACACGGUGCUGCCGGAGGCCUUGGAGCGCUGGCCUGUGUCCAUGUUUGGGCAGCUGCUGCCGCGGCACCUGGAGAUCAUCUACGCCAUCAACCAGAGGCACCUGGACCAAGUGGCUGCCCUGUUCCCUGGGGAUGUGGACUGCCUGCGGAGGAUGUCUGUGAUUGAGGAAGGGGACUGCAAGCGCAUUAAUAUGGCCCACCUGUGUGUGAUCGGCUCCCAUGCCGUCAACGGCGUAGCGAGGAUCCACUCGGAGAUCGUGAAGCACUCUGUCUUUAAGGAUUUUUACGAGCUGGAGCCAGAAAAGUUCCAGAAUAAGACGAACGGCAUCACGCCCCGGCGGUGGUUGCUCCUGUGUAACCCGGGCCUGGCUGACACCAUCAUGGAGAAAAUCGGGGAGGGCUUCCUGACGGACCUGAGUCAGCUGAAGAAGUUGCUGCCCCUGGUCAAUGACGAGGCGCUCAUCAGGGAGGUGGCCCAGGUCAAGCAGGAAAACAAGCUGAAGUUCUCCGCCUUCCUGGAGAAGGAGUACAAGGUGCGAAUCAACCCGUCCUCCAUGUUCGACGUGCACGUGAAGAGGAUCCACGAGUACAAGCGGCAGCUGCUGAACUGCCUGCACAUCGUCACCCUGUACAACCGAAUAAAGAAGGACCCUGCCAAGGCUUGUGUGCCCAGGACUGUCAUAAUCGGGGGUAAGGCUGCUCCUGGUUACCACAUGGCCAAAAUGAUCAUCAAGCUGGUCACAUCCAUCGGUGAGGUUGUCAACCACGAUCCAAUUGUGGGCAACAGGCUCAAAGUGAUCUUCCUAGAGAACUACCGAGUGUCCUUGGCCGAAAAAGUGAUCCCCGCUGCUGACCUAUCCCAGCAGAUCUCCACCGCGGGCACUGAGGCCUCAGGAACGGGCAACAUGAAGUUCAUGCUCAACGGGGCCCUCACCAUCGGCACCAUGGACGGUGCCAACGUGGAGAUGGCUGAGGAAGCCGGGGCCGAGAACCUCUUCAUCUUUGGCCUUCGGGUGGAAGACGUCCAGGCCCUGGACCAGAAAGGGUACAAUGCCCAAGAGUACUACGACCGUCUGCCCGAGCUGAGGCAGGCCGUGGAUCAGAUCAGGGAUGGCUUCUUCUCCCCCCAGGAGCCAGACUGUUUCAAGGACAUCGUCAACAUGCUGCUGUACCACGACAGGUUCAAGGUGUUUGCAGAUUAUGAAGCAUAUUUGGCUUGCCAGGCCCAGGUGGACCAGCUGUACCAGAACCCCAAGGAGUGGACCAAGAAGGUCAUCAGGAACAUUGCCUGCUCGGGCAAGUUCUCCAGUGACCGGACCAUCACAGAGUAUGCCCGGGACAUCUGGGGUGUGGAGCCCUCUGACCUACAGAUCCCGACCCCCCAUGUCCCCAAGGACUAGGAGCUGGCACAGUGGGGACCAGUAGGGUUUUGUUUUCUUGUUGACUCCGCUCCUCAUGCCAUUUUCCAAGCUGUCCCUGUUUUCUUCAGUGCUGUGUUUCAGGGAAGGGCUUGGGGAUCAUGGUGUGGCUUGGAGUGGGGGUUGGGGAAUGGAUAGACGGAAGGGAAGGUGCUAAAAGUGAGAUGCCGUCUGGUUUCUCCCAGGAAAGCAGAGCUCAUAGCACUGCCCAGUUGGCCCCACAGCUUCAGCCCAUCUGCCCCCUUGGCCCUCCCACCCCACAGACAUGGGUGAAGCCACCUAGUGGGCUCCUCCGAGACCUUGCACACCUUGCUGUGAGCUUGUGUUCAGUUUGGAGCCUCUAGAGUCUGGGGUCUGGCAAGCAGCAAUGGUGAAACCUGGAGAAGUGUUUCUGCAGGACCUGGGCUGGCCGACAGCGGAACCAGCUCUGCCUCCCGGUCAGGCUGGGAGGGUCCAGUACUCCCAGGCAUCUUUACAGCUGCCCUGUGGUUACUCCAGCCAGGGCUUCCAGAUGGAUCAGAUAAAGGGGCCUCAGGAUGACUAUGGGUGACAUUGGGGAGGACACCCGUGUCCAGCAUCUAGGGGGCCUUGAUUGGGAUAAGGCUGGCUGAUGCAGUUAGCUUGGUUCUGCUUUUUCCAAAAAAAAUUUAAGUUCACAAGGAAAUGAAACUAGCUGAAGCCUUUCCUUGGUUAGUAACUAAAAACUGUGCUUUUGAAAUUUCAUGUCAGGGAAGGCAGUUCUGGGAUGUUUCUGUCCGGCUGUGGGGGCCUGGGGCAGGGUUGCUGCCCCUGCUGAGGGAGGCUGAAUGCCCAGCCCCUGCUGCAGAUCUGCACCCUGCCUGUCCUGGAGAGUGCACUUCCGCUCUCCUUUGCCACCAGUGCCACAAGCUGGUCUGGAAAAGGACCAAGUGUGUCCAGAGGGCAGCCCACUUUCCACUCUGCCCAGAUAGCAGGCUGGUGCCAGGACAGGCAGGUGAGCACCUCAGCUGCACAGAGAAAGCCAGGAGCAGGUGGCACCCUUCACUGCGGGUUGUUGGCAACUUUGGAUGGAAGCGCCCUUCCUGAGGCUCUGCCUCCUUGCAUGCUGGGCCUGGGCAUCACAGGCUCUGCCUCCUUGCAUGCUGGGUCAGGGCAUCACAGGCUCUGCCCUCAUCCUGGGUCCUGACUGCUCGCAGAACCAGGCCAUGGAGGACUUGCUCAAGUCCACACUUCAUCAGAGCCACUGAGGCCUGUGGUCAUACCCCCAACACCCUCCGUUGCCCUGUCCCUUAGGCUGUAUGCGACCAUCACUGUGCCACUUGCUGUUAUUGCCUCGUGUGAGAAACUGAUUAAAACUUCCUGCCUAC